UCCAAACAUAACUCCCAUCCGCUAAUACAACACACAGAACUGCCACCUUUUUGUCCUUUAUCCUUACAAACACCCAAAACCCAUUUUUACAACUUUCUCCCCCAAUUUUCUCCGUCGAAUAUAUUCAAAGCUUAAAAUUUUCAUGAUUCUUUUUGAGACCCAAACCCAAGAUUUCUAAAAGGGUGUCGAAAUCUUGAAUCUUUUUCAAAUAAUAAUAAUAAUAUAUGAUAUGGCAAUUACCAAAAAAUUAUAUGAGAAUUUUUCAAAAACAUUGAUAGAAGAAGUGCAUAAAUGGGGUGGAAUGAAACAAACAGGUGUUAGUUUAAGAUAUAUGUUGGAUUUUGGGUCAAUUCCAUCAGAUAGAAAUAUGAUAAUUGCAGCUCAAUUUCUUCAUAAAGAAUUGCCAAUUAGGAUUGCUAGACGUGCCAUUGAACUUGAAUCUCUUCCUUAUGGUUUGUCUGAAAAACCUGCUGUUCUUAAAGUACGGGAUUGGUACCUGGAUUCCUUUCGUGAUCUUAGAUCUUUUCCUGACAUCAAGGACAUUAAGGAUGAGAGAGAUUUUACUCAAAUGAUUAAGCUGAUCAAGGUAAGACAUAAUAAUGUCGUCCCUGCUAUGGCUCUGGGAGUUCAACAGUUGAAAAAAAGUCUUGACCCGAAGCUUGAUUAUGAGGAUUUGGAUGUAAUUCACCGGUUCCUAGAUCGCUUUUAUAUGUCAAGAAUCGGAAUACGAAUGCUAAUUGGUCAACAUGUGGCAGUUCAUGAUCCAAAUCCACCGCCGAAUUGCAUUGGUAUUAUACAUGCUAAGAUGUCUCCAGCACAGGUAGCAAAAGAUGCUAGUGAGGAUGCACGUUCUGUUUGCUUAAGAGAGUAUGGCAGUGCACCGGAGAUUAAUAUCUAUGGUGAUCCUAGUUUCACUUUCCCAUACGUCCCUACGCACUUACAUCUUAUGGUGUUUGAGCUGGUGAAAAAUUCGCUACGUGCAGUUCAAGAGCGGUAUAUGGACUCAGACAAGGUCGCACCUCCUAUACGUAUAAUAGUAGCUGACGGGGAGGAAGAUGUUACAAUUAAGGUUUCAGAUGAAGGGGGAGGAAUAGCAAGAAGUGGCCUGCCUAGUAUAUUUACGUAUCUCUACAGCACUGCUAUGAAUCCACUUUAUGAGCGGUUGGAACUUGGAGAAGCAGAUAUGGUAACAAUGGCAGGUUACGGAUAUGGGCUUCCUAUCAGCCGUUUGUAUGCUCGGUAUUUUGGAGGUGACCUGCAAAUCAUCUCCAUGGAAGGCUAUGGAACUGAUGCAUAUCUUCAUUUGUCGCGUUUGGGAGAUUCACAAGAGCCAUUACCUUGAAUCCUUGAUAAUGAUGAAAGUACAUUGUAAGAAUACAUCAAAAUGUCUGUGAAUCAUAUGAAUACAGGUGAGAAACAGUGCAGUUCUGUAUACAUACAUAUGGAGAUUAUACGCUUUCCUUGGCAUGGUAAGCAUCUGUAAUUGAUAAUUAUACACUUUCCUUGGCGUGGUGAGCGUCUGUAAUUGAUAAUCAAGUCAGUUCUAUCGUAGAUCACUGACUGAAGUUCUAGUCAUGAAUGUAGUUCUAGUCAUGUACAUCUAAAAAAUAAAUAUAUUGAACUAGGAAAACUUUUCCAUUAUGACUUA